AUGCUCUCUGUGUAGAGCAGCAGCCAUCAUAACUUUUCCACUCUUUGGUUGUCUGUCUUUUCUUCAAUCGAUCCCGACGAGUUUGUCCGUGCGGUUUGUUCCGUGUUUUUCGCUUGCCAGAAGGAGGCAAAAAUCCUAUGCAAUCGGAUUAUUCCAGAGUGCAGGAAAAGUUUCCGGGCCGUGUUGCGGUUUGUUGGCGCUUGAAGAUUUAGCAUCUUUUACAAAUAUAUAACAGUGUGCAAAGCUGAAACCUUUCAAGUGAGGCAAGUUUUAGGCUAAAAAAACCCUUCUGCAAAAAGGGGGUAGAGUGUGGUGUGUGUGUCUGUACUUAAUUUGCAACCAGAUUAAGCAAGGAUAGCGACGACCCUUUGGGAGAAGGGAACAGAAGUGUGAAAAUGGUGCCGAUAAAGGGGAUUUAUCUGGCACUGCUAGUGUUGGUCGCUAGCAGCAGUUUCACCACUAACCAGGUGAAAGGAGAUAAGUACGAGGAUGAGGACGAUUACUACGACUCAAGAGAACGUGUCCUGGAGACAUCGUAUCACGGCUUAAUCAAAGAGAAUGAAACAUUCGUCGAAAUUACGCCGUUAAUCAAAGUCGACGAAACGAAAAUAUGUGGCUUUCACAUAAUCAAAAAGAAUAAGGAGAUACCGUUUCAGAUCGAGCUAGUCAACGAACUGGGCAUACUGAAGGCGAAAAAGUCGCUGAACUGCGAAAAGCGCAAAAACUACAAGUUCGACAUCACGGCGGUGUUUUGUGAUGGAUCGCACUCCAAAAGCGCAAGCGUUCACAUCUCGGUGAUUGACAUAAAUGAAUAUUCGCCGACGUUCCUGCAGCCGUCGUACGUCACAGAGGUAGACGAAGGUCGUCUGUACCAGGAAAUCAUCCGAGUGGAAGCGACAGACAAAGAUUGCACGCCACUGUUUGGCGACGUGUGCAAGUAUGAGAUUCUCACCAGCGACCAACCGUUCACAAUCGAUAACGAGGGCUCGAUCCGGAACACGGAACCGCUGUCCCAUAAGGCGUCCCACAACCACAUUCUGUCGGUGGUGGCGUACGAUUGCGCGAUGAAGCAGUCGGCUCCGGUCAUGGUGAACAUCCGGGUGCGCCGCGUGUGCGAGGCCCACGUGAUGGGAGUGGCGGAACGGAUCGACUACAGCGCCAAUUCGAUGGAAAGUGUGUCGCUGUUCCCGAAGAUUCACCUCGAACUGUGCGACAUGCAGUGCAAGGGCGAAGACAUGGUGAUCCAGUCGUCGGUUUCGUUGAAGACCAAGCACAUCUCGUUCGGAUGUGAUCGGGACGCAAGUCAAUGCUUAAAGAAACUGAGCGAAGAGGAACAGAUUGAAAGUGGACUAACUGAUCUGCUGCAGAAGAACACCGACUGGACGAAGGAUCUGGUUUACGACGAGGGAGCCGAAUCGAUCUUCCACUUUGACGGAAGCGCUGGAGCCAUCGUGCCGAAGACCGUUGUCAAAUCGCAGGACUUUGCCGCCCAUCAGUUCAGUAUAAUGACCAUGUUCCGCCACCACAGCAUUGCAUCGAACGACAAACACACCAAGGAGCACAUCAUUUGCAGCGCUGACGAUCACAAGAUGAACCGCCACCACAUGGCUCUGUUCGUGCGAAACUGCCGGUUGAUUCUGCUGUUGCGCAAAAACUUCAACGAUGGUGACCUGAACAUCUUCAGCCCUGCCGAAUGGCGCUGGAAGGUUCCUCAGGUGUGCGACAACGAGUGGCAUCACUACACGAUCAAUGUCGACCUGCCCAAGGUUGAUCUGUACAUCGAUGGCGUCAAGUUCGAGAGCAACAUCGAAGAUCGUCACAGCAAUCCAGAGGUCAUCGACGACUGGCCACUGCAUGCUGCCCACGGAAUCAAUACCACGCUCGCCAUUGGCGCCUGCUUCCAGGGCUCGGAGAACCGUCUGAAGCACGGUUUCAGCGGUGACAUUUCCGAAAUCAAGCUGUCGAUGCGUAAAGUCCUCACUCCCAACCAGAUUCGUUGCGGCACGGAUUGCGCUGAAAAGUUGCUGCCGCCAGCUGAUCACUUCUUGGAACCGGAACAGCAAAUUCAGUCCAACACACAGAUGAACAAGAUCAUCAUUGAGGGAAGCAACAAGAGCAACAUUGAACAGCUCCUGCAGCAAAUCCAGUACAUCAACAGCAAGGACAACCCUACGAUCGGACGUAGAAACAUCCAGGUGAUGACCACGGUCAGCUGCCCAAACAAGAAGGCGAUCCGACUGCCAAGCAUCGACACCUACAUCAUGGUAACGGCGUCAAACACCUCAACUCCACCAGUACCAUCGACAGCUACACUCUACAGUAAGAUUCUAGUGGACAAACCCCUAACCGUCGAUCAGAAACCACAAAUUGUCAUUGUCGGUAACUCGAACCACCUGGUCUCUUACCCGGACAUCAAAGACGGUGUCAAGAUUCUCGCACAAAUCAACAUCAGCAUCUACACCGGCAAGGAAAUCCGUCCCGCACUGCAAAAGCUCGACUCGUGCAACGUCAACGUGUUCCCAAGUCUGAACCCAGAUCACGAAGAGAUCACCAUUGACGACAAGGACGGCACCGACGAGUCGCUCUUCAAGUUCGACAUCAAAACCAAGAUCAGCAAAGACGGAGUCGAAAUGAUCGGAUACGACACCAUCGAAAACUACCAGCACAUUCUCAAGUCGUUGGUGUACAUCAACAAGAAACCGGCGUACUAUCUGAACCGAGUGUUCAAGCUGACCUGCUCGCAAGUGGACGAUCAUUUCCGAAGCGCAGAAUACACGCUCACGCUGACGGUGUUGCACCCGAAGCAGCAACCAACGUCUGCGUCGACAGCACCAAGUGUACUGCUCGCCGUUCCGUCGGUUCUGCCGACCACCUCCAGCGAUGGACAUGCGGCAGUCGCCGCGGACUCACACGAUACCAACCAGUACGCGCACGCGAUGCUGCACUCGCACGACAUCCAGGAGUCGCAGUCCCGGGUGCACAACCUGGCCCACGAGAAGGCCCAACUGGCGUCCUCGCACUCGACCAUGUUGAUCGUGGUCAUCUGCGCGUCCUUUGUGCUGCUGAUUUGCGGCGUGGGGAUCGCCCGCCUGCGGAACAACGGCGGCGGCGGAAGUGGCUCGAGCAGCCACUCCCGCAACUCGCUGGACAAGCACAUGCCCUGUCCGAAGGUGGCGCCCGAGCAGCAGCUGGACUGGGACGACUCGGCCCUGACCAUCACCAUCAACCCGAUGCAGAACGACAACCUGUCGGACGAGAGCUCGGAGUCGGAAAACUCCGACUCAGAGGACGAGGAGGUCAUCAACGGACGCUACAAGAACGUUAGCCAGCUGGAAUGGGACAACUCAACAAUCUAAAUGAAUAUAUCAAAAAUUUUAAAUUAUGGAAAAUUUAUUGCAUAUUUUAAAAUUAAUAAAACAAACAAAAUGUGAAAAACAAGCAAAAUUGCCAUCCACUCUCCAAUCUAGAUACACACGUACACAAGCAAACAAUACACACACACACACACACCCACACACAACACACAACACAACACACACGCAAAAAUGCAAACACGCUGAACAACAGGAAAAAAAUAAUUUCAAAAGGGGAAACGAACACACGUACACACACACGUACAGCUUAAUAUAUAUACAGUAAUAAAGAGGUGCGGCAGGCCAAAGUGCCUGCCGGAACCGGAAGAUGACAAAGAAGAAAAAGAAAGAAAAACGAGUUUAAGGAGAAAGGUGGUGGAAAAAGAAGAAGACGAUGAUGAUGAUGAGAACACACACACGCGGACAGACCCCUGCCGGAAGGCCGGAGCGAGGCGGAAGUUGGCGCGCGAAGAGGAAAAAGUGGCGCAAGAAACAGUGUUGCCAGCUCGGUCUGCCUGGGAAGCGACACAGGAUUGAAAAUGAAAACGGGAGCCAAUCUAUGCAUUAUUAACUGUAGCAAACAAUGGGGACGAUACCGAUGAUGGGGGGGAGGGGGCACGAUGGGAAUAAUGUGUGUGUAAGAGUGAUUGAGAAAGAGAGAAAGAAAUGGAACAUGUGCGACUGUCCCUUAAUCAUCUGGUGGAGUUGGAAAGAGGAAUUUGGUUUGCUUUAUGUCCCUUUAUAUCUUUAGAAAAAUAAUUGAAAUCUCACGAGAUGCACAAAAACAGUUCAUUUUAAUGAAUGUAACAAUUGUGGCGGAAAUGUGUCCCACUUUAGUGACCCACGAUGGAAAAAUUCAAAUCAAAGUAAACUGUCACUGAAAGCUAUUAUUUUAAUUUUCAAUCUGCUACCAACUCAUACAUAGUGUAAAAGCUCAACGCCUACUACCAAACUCGCGCAUGCACUCAAAAAAAUAACAAUUUCAAAUGCUUGAUUGUUCCUGCCACACUGUGUGGUAGCUAUUACCGCUGCAAGCCAUUAUGCAAUUUCAUAUCCGAUUAAAAGCAAACUCAACAAUCGAUUUUCCCCAUAGCCCAUUGAUUGCGGUUGCUGUUCGCGCGAUCCAACCGCGAAACUCAAACUCAACUCUCCACUCUCACUCACUCACCCUUUCUCUCGCUCGUGAUGAUGACGGUUCGGUCGGUCGGUGGUGAUUGGCGUAGUAAUUAUCACGUCCUGGUUCGCUCCUUUCCCGGUCCGUUGGAUGCUUGGGGUUUUUAUAGUUUCUCCGGGAAGCAAACUUUCUGAUUUCAACUCUCGUUUUUUCUCGCUGUUGUUUUUCACUGCGCGCUGUUUCCCCAUCAAAUGUGGCGGAAAAUCAAUACACGUGGCACAUUUGCAUAGAGAGAAGUAACAAGUGCAGCUGGAUGUUCUGGGUUUUCCCCUCCCUCUCGAGCAUAAAUUAAAAGACGAAACUUGAUCGUUUGGUUUGGUUGAUUUUUCCCGGAGUCGAGUUGAAUUCCACUCGUUGGGGUUCCGUUUAGUUUUUAGGAAAAUUUGAUUUCAUUUGUUUUAUCAUAUGCGUAAAUAUCACAUUUAUUGGUACGUACUUAAGCAGAAUAAUACCACAUCGAUGUUUGGAGAAUCACGCACGAACAACAGAAAUACCUGCACUUAAUUAUAAAAUGUUUGAUGUAAAAAUUACAAUGUAAAGGAAAUAAUUUCAACCGAGGGUAAACUACAAAGGUGAACUUAAUCACGGUAGGCUGGAAGUGCUUCAUAAAUUUCUCAAAAAUAAUUCAAAAUAGUUUCAACUAAAUGAAAAUAACAACCUGAAAAGUUUGUUUGGCACUUGGCGGUGGGGACGUUUCAGAUUUUACGCAAGCAAAACAGGCUACUAAGAUUUAAAACAAGUCUUCGGACACACGGUUUUACGGUGCUUGCGUGAUAUAAUCUCGUUUUUCUGUACUCAAAUUGAAAUAGAAUAUUAAAAUGAAAGUUCGCAAAAAUUUUCUACGAAGCUAACCAGUAAUGAUAGCUUCGAAGCUCUUUUUUUAUAAAAAAAAAAUCUGAAAAGGCUGAAACACCACAAAUGUACCAUGUUUUGAUCCCUACUUAAAUGUACAGCGACUUUAAAAAUUUAAUAGGGGUUCGAUCAGUGUUGUAAAAGAGUGAUAGAAAAACUUAUCAUUUGAUGAUUCCUGCACCAACCAAUCAGAGAGCAUAGCGACCAUCACUCCAGUUGUGAAAACUCUUAUUUUAUCUCAUGAUUGCUAGCAGGGGCAUUCUCUUUCUAUCACUCUUUCUCUUUUACUCGUUCACCCCCGCUCAUCGAAGAAUAUUUCGUUUUCUUGAAAAAAAUCGCAAUGAAAGAAAGCGAGAAACGGCUUUUGAGGCUAUGUUCUGUUGAGUGGGGAUGAGAGAGAAAAAAAAAUUGCGGGGAUUUUGUAAACUCGCUAUAGAGCCCGUCAAUUUUUGGUGCUGAGGAAAAAUGUGCAGUGAAUGUUAGGAUAUGAGAUUCCGGCCAUGAAAGUUUUAGUCGCUGAGAACUGUAAAUUUAAUAUUUCUGCAACCCUGGAAUUAAUCAAUAAUUAUAAAAAAUAACAAUGAAAAUGUAAUUUUGAUGCAAAAUCAAUGACUUUAACAGAUUUGGUUAAAAAAUGUCCAUUAUUUGGUAUUAAAAACUGUUAUGCCACAAAAAUACAAAAUUUUGGUAUCCAAACCUUUAAAGUUUUUGAAUUUUUUAAAUAUCAAAUUACUACCAUAAAAUGGUAGGAUACCAAUUGUUCUACAAUUAUCCUUGAGACUAUUUUUCCAAGGAUUCAUAUAUAUCAAAGUUUUAAAUGAAACAUCAUCUAUUUUAGACAUUUAACGCCUCAAAAUUCGCCUAAAGUUAAUGUUGAUGCAUGAAUUCGCUUGGAAUUUUAUGUUAUAACAAAACUGGAUUUUUUUGGAGGGCCUCGUGGCUCGGCGGUUAGUGGCUUCGGCUGCCGGUCUCUAAGUUGCUGGGGGGGCGCGGGUUCAAUUCCCACCUUAUGCUCCUUCUAUCGAAUGGGAAAAUAACACGUCGGUCCAUUUGCGUAAAAGAGGUUUUGGGUGACUCACCACACACAACCUUCAGACUGCGACUGCGACUUUUAUUCCUGUUUAGAAAUAUUGUUGAUUGUUUUUUAAGUAGGUUAUCGAAAUAAAUCAGCACUGAGCUGUUUGAUCCACCAUCUGAAAAUUUUAUUUUUAUUUGACCUAUUCAAAUGUUUAGCUAAAUUUUCUAAGCUUACAAUGAAUGAAUUGAAUAAACAUUUUGGAGUGGACGAAUCUCUUCGCACUCUUGCACAAACUACCUAAAAAACAUGGAAAAUUCGAUUAUCCUUAAACCUGGACAACUGGGACUUUUUUAUUGAGCAGUAUUUUUGUUUUCCUAUCCAAACCCAAUCUUGUAAGUGAGGGAGAGUGGGGGGAGAGAAAAUUUUCACUCCAGCCUACUUUGAUACCUUUGGGUGAAGCCAUUCCAGCAUCAUAAGAUUCAAAAGCCUACUAUUGUUUGCAUUUGUACAUCGAUCCAAGUCUUGGAAGCCGUGAUAGAUUGCAUUUUAGUUAAAGUUCCUAAACACACUGUGCAAUAAGGAGCCUUGAUGUCAUAUUCUUUAUCAGUCAAAUCACCCUAAAUCAUAGGCUUAAAAUUUUCUUUCAAGAGGCAUCGCACAGCAAAACGCAAUUGGCUCUGGUUCUGGGUAACUUUGGAAAAGAAAAACAAAAGGCAUCGGAAAGCUUAGAAAAAAAAAUCACUCGAGUUCACGAUCAACUUGAAGCCGUCCAGAUUAAAAAGAGGAAAUUUCCUAAGACAGCACGCGCACGCAGCAUCCUUCCCCGAACUCAUUCGUCGUCACUCUUGUAGAAAAAAAGUAUAGAGCAGAAGAAAAGUUUCAAAACUCUCGCGGCUUAUCUCCAUCCAGCUGUGGGAUGAAACAUAUCAUACACACACACACACACACUCACAAACACGCCAGAGAGUCACGCACAUGUGGCAGUCCCAGUUUCACCCCCAGCUCCCCUAUUUAAGACGAGGGGGAGUGCUGGGGAGGGCCAAACUUUUCAAUCAUCAUCGUUCUAUUUACGCGUGUCAUCGUUUGCGGAACCAUGGCACGCUGCGCCACGAUCAGCAAAUUUCACUGAAACAAAAGGCAUCUUCCGAUCCUAGGUUGAACAAACGUUGUGUAACAAACGAUUUUAGGUUUUAGUUUUAAUUGCUUUACAAAGUAUGCGAAAAACAGAGGAAAUAUAUAAUCGAGAAUAAUAAAAAAUCAAAAUAAUUUUGUGAUACAAGAAAGAAGAGAGAAACACUAAUAGCUAUUGUUCCGUUUAUUUUUUUUUAUAAGAUGGCUCUUGCUGAAUAAUAAAUAAGUUGUAAUUUUUCCUAAAAUUGUGGUUUUACGUUUUUAUUUCCUUUUUCAAUUAAUUUUGUCUCAAAUAAGCGUUUGCUCAGUUUUAUACUUUCGUUUAGACUAAGUUUACACAUCUAGACAUAAAAACAAUAGUGUUUAAAAGAGGAAGCUUAACACGCAUGAAGAGAAAAUGUACAUUAAAAUUGGAAUUAAACAGUAUGCUGAAAAACUCGGUAAUUAUAUCAACACUAACGCAUGGUUCAGAACUCCAAACAGACAUAUUAAGCAAAAACAAACGACCCAAAUUCAGCUAACAUGUAUUAAACUCCCGCAGAAGCUAACUGAAAAAAGUGAAACAAAAAAAUCAGCAACUGAACUUAAUAUAUAUUUAUAAACAGUAUAUUAAUUUGAUAUUAGUACUGGCAACAAAAACCACGUGGGGCACCGCCCCUAACAAAAACUUACAUCCCAGCCCCAAUGUAUAGCGAAAUCGAGCGAAAAAAAAACGUCAAGAAAAACACAGGAAAAUGAACCAGUGCAAGGAAACAGGUGGAAUCGCGUAGUUAAUGAAAUUGUAUUACACACAACGGGACGGAACGGAAAGAGGAAAUUACAGCGGCAGGCAGCGAAGGGAGAGCGGAUUGCGAAACUCGUUCAAAACCGGAAACAAACUGUGUCCCAGUUGCGGAACGAGCGCGUCGUGGCGUGCCGAGUAAAUCUCGUUAUCAUUGGCGUGGCCGAAGGACAAAGUUCCGAAACAAAGUAGAUUCCCGGCGCGACCCAUGCAGCAAAAGCGUCCGUUCGAAGCUAAAGGUUGCGUGGGUUUUUGUCAGCGUGUAAGGUGCAUUUGGGUCUGCUGGCUGUGGUUGUCAGUCAGUGGCGGACAGAAAUGUCGGUCAAACUUGGUCUUGUCAACUUUGGUGGUGGCUUGCUUCGAUCUGGCAUUCUGUGACCACGUCGGACGUGUUUGCGCCGAGACGGAAACAGCUGUCAAUGUUGCGGGUUGCCCGGACUGGUCAAUCGUUCGCUGCGGUUUCCAACGCAGUUGGCCAGAAGCUGUGUUUGAACACAGCACUGUUUGUUAACUUUCUCAUAGCCUUCUGCACAAAUUUCACCGUCUUCUAGAACUUACUACAGUCGACUCUCUGGUUGUCAAUAUCCAAGGGACCGUCGAGGAAGAGAAUCAUCAGUUUACAGAACGAUGCAAAAUGAAGACUCGAUUGAAAAUAUUUUUUUCUUGGUACCCAGCUAUGGGAGAGAAUCAUGGCAACGUCCAUCAAACAAAAACAAACUAAUGUCAAACACCCUUCAAAGCAUCGUUUCGCCAAGAAAAAUGUCUAUGCAAGCCAUGAGAAAGUGAAAUUAUUGACAACCGGAAGAGAUUUUUAAAGCAAACAGAAUCCAAGGGACCGUCGAGGAAGAGAUCCUUCAAGCAAGGGAAAAUAUCGAGGAAUGAAGAUAAUUGAAGUAUGCAGAUUUAAGGGACUGAAGAAUUCAUCGAUAGAUGGAGAAUUAUUGAUAUCGAGAAGAUCGACAGCCAGAGAGUCGACUGUAAUUUCAGAGUCAUUUUCACUCAGUUUUGAAAAGGGUAAAACUAUUUCGUAUAAGCGUGCAUUCCGCAUGCUUUCUCGUGGCCUGCUGCAAACCGGAGACACUAAAACAAAUCUCUUCGCCGAAAUAAAACUUUUCAACACUUGGCACAAAAAGAAGCACCCAAAUCACACACCUUUUACCGCUGCGGAGGAAUCUCUUUGGCGCCGGUGGCAUACAAAUUGAUUGAAUUAUGUUCUCCACAUUGGGCGUAAUGUUAUUACCACAUGGUGCGUUACGCAUUCCGAGAAAACUCUCCGCCACGCACACGUGCAAACUGCUCCUUUGGCGGAAGAGACAAAAAAAAUCGCGCGAAAUGGUCUGCAGGAAUCAUGGAAAGACAUGAAAAAUGUAGCUAUACGUUUAGAGAAUAUAACAAGAAACAGUAAAAUAGUGAUGGUUGGUGAGUAAAAGUAAAUUGAAUUAUAUAUAAACUCGAAAGAAUGGUAAACAAAUCGACGUAGCGAGGUGGAAGUCAUAAAUAAAAGAAAACAAAACUAAUGCUUAAGUUUGUGAAAAGAUAAAAAAAAGAAGCCGUAAUCGUGUUUAAAUGUGAAUAAUUACAAUGGAAAUUGAGGAUAAACAAUUGUGUACACAAGGAGUAGUGCGUAUUAGUAUAUGUACACACUUUAGCGAUAUAAAUUUUCUGUUGAACGAUCAUCUUAUAUCAAGAGAAACACAAAUGGACAAAGAAAAUUAAGCUUAUAUAAGAGGCAGCCUAAGGUAAAUAUAAAAAAACAGGAAAAAGAUAAAAACAAACAUAGUGCAGAACAAUUGAAAUCCAAAGGAUUUUUCCAUUACUAAAACAAACUGCUGCUUUAAUAACAUUUCUAACAUCAAGAACAAGCGAAAAAUCGUGAAAACACAACUUUUUAUCACUCUACGAAGAAGCAGCAUAACAGUCUUAAAGAUACAGAAACCGAUUCAAACUUUUUGUUUUACCGAGAAUACCACAUUUCCCAUUAUUGCUUCCACGAAUCAUUCUUUCCUUCGGCAGCAAACUUCAAUUAAUGCUUUUACGCAAACUUUCUCCCUCCAAAUUGAGUUGAGAGUGACUAAUAAAUCAAUUGCUUCGUUCGCGGAACACUCACACACAUGAAGUACACAAAAGUUGAGAUAAAAACCAUUUCACAGGUGAAAAAACACGUGGACAAAAAGGACGCUCGCGCCUGUCGUCAUCCAGUGCGGAAUUUGAUUGAUUAAUGGCGAUGUAGAACAAUGUACGCAAACGAAAAAAACACACACACACA